AAGACUGCGGAAUGCGAAGAACAGUGAAAAAAGCUGUGUGAUGAUUAAUGCUGUACCAAUAGCUAGCGAGCAAGACGUGUGAUUUCAGUGUGCUAACCAAUUAUAAGUUGCCGUGUGUACCCUGUAUUUUCGUAUAAGUAUGAGCUGAUUCGGGCAAUAAAGUAGGAUUAGAAGUUUCCACCAUUACUUCUGUGAAGACGCGUGGAUUCAUUCAGGCUGCCUUCCUUGAAGUGGCGCCCGAACAGGGACUCGUAAUGAUGAAAUGAUGCCGCUAAUGUCUUUGUUGCGCGGUACCUCUCCGCAGGCUCCUGUGCAUCUUUCUGCGGAGCAGCACCAGUGCCUCCAGGUGCUUGGCAACAAGCUUCUGUCUGCCUACGUGGAUCGCCGCUUCCCGGACGUUCCCAUUGGGGUGCUGGUUGUCAGUCAUCCCGAUUCCCCCUUCGCCCUGCUGUGUCAAUGGUUGUUGUGCCAUAAAGAAACGGGGGAAAGACUGCCCACUGACAACCCUCGAGGUGGCACAACAACAACAACAACAGCAGCAACAACAACAAUGGCAGUGGCAACGAUUGCGAAGGUGAAGGACACCGAACGGGUCAGCAUUUUGGAGUGGAUUUUCUUACCACAUUCUCCGCCUAGGAGUGUCUGGGAACAGACGGCGGUAUUAGCGUACCUAAUAAAGAAAGCACAGCACCGGACAGUAGAAAUCAGCGGGCAGGAACCAGCAUUUAUUAGUUUGCCCUUGAAAGUGGACAUGCGGGAACGGAUGCUGCGUAACUCUGAGCAUCUACAGCAUGCAUUGCUAGGUUUUCCGGGUGCAAUAAGUGACUGUUUUCCGACAGACCCGCACCUACUGGUCAUAGCAAAGCAGCGUUGGCUAAGCCGCCCAAAGGUAUCAGAUAGGCCAAUUGAUGGCAUGACUGUGUAUUCUGAUGCUGGAAAACGGACUUGUAAGGCGGCAUGAUGAUCUUUAAGGUCUUUUCCAACAAAGCAAUUCUAUGCAAGCAACCAUUAUUACAGUUCAAUUGCACAUUAAGUCAAGAUUUACUACCUGCCCUAAUUGGAAUGAAUCUUGCUUUAGUGAAGAAAUUACUGCAACAUGAUGAUCUGCGCCAAGUGCUAGAACGCGUCCAAGAUAAUGAACAAAAAACCCUCUAAUUACUGUUUACCAUGAUACAAAAGAGAUGCACCAUGUCCUGGAAAGGGUGAAGAAGGAUGGAGAACAGCAUUGGUGGGAAACACUUCCUGGAUGGUUACCAACAGCAACAGGAAUUUUUCGUUCCGUGCUUCACCCAGAUGGGAUCCUAUUAAUCCUAACAUUGCUAUGUUUAUUGCUUGUAAUCAUAUUAUAUGUGAGCGCCUGGCACAUGCUAAAGCGGCUAACCUGACUUGAGUUACCCAAGGAAUCCGGAAGUCGGCCUAGGUACUAGAUUACUUCUCCUGGCCUCUUGGAGAUCCAUGGGUGAGGCAAGUUCUGUUAUGCGCAUUAGCAGCACUCGUGCUUUUAUCUUGAUUGAUCCUUUGCUUUAUGUGAUUCUUAUCUAAAGUACUGAAUGUUCAAUUAUUGCAUAAAUCAAAUUCAGAAUUUGUACGUGUGCUUUUCCCUUUUCCCUUCAUUCCCCUCAAAGCUUUUCUCCUUAGUACCACCACGGGACAGUGUAAACAAGCUUUGAGCCACUGUAUGAACCCUUCUUUGUUUUUUUGGCUCAAAGCUUGCUUUCUGAGGCAUUUCUUGCGAUAAGACUCUGACUUAGGUGAGAGGUGGGCGUUGCCGUGCGGCAAUCAACAUCACCGUGUGGACAAUUUUACAUUUGAAAUCAUUUAUUCGGAGCUGUUUGCCUCCGGAAGAGAGUGCUCAGGAGUGUUUACUGGCAGAAGAUCUGGCCUGUGACUAAAUAGCCCCAGCUUGGUAUGGGAAAAUUGGGGAAUGAUACCAUCGUGUCCUGUGAAAAAACAGGAUGCAGGUGGGCAUCCCUGCUCCCUCUUAUCUGCUGGCAAGGCCCGGAAGAUGGGAACAAAGGAGUUUCUGCUGAGAUCCCAGAGCCAGAAGCUGCCGCUCCAAGGAGAGCUGACUCAACCACUUUGGAUUCGAGCUGUCACUCCUAAGAGAGCUGACUCAACCACUUUGGACUUAUUUAUAAGUUCGUACUGCUAUUGGAAAUUGUCGCCGUGGUCACCGUCGUCGUCAACAGAACACCACCACCCGACAACCCACCACUACUGAAUCGAGACAUCCUGUUAACCUACAAGCCUAAAUAUAAUUAAUGCUCAACAUUAUAUUAAGUUUUCAUAGCUAACUGGAUCACUGGAAGAGAGGAAACAGUGCUCUUAAAAGUUUUAACUCGUAACUCUGCCAGACUGCACAUCUCAUUUGUUACGUUAACAUACUUUAACAUCCUAAUGUUAAACUACACGUUCCUGAAGUAAAAUAGGAAUGUUAUGUAAGGUGUUGUGAAGUACUUGAAUUGAGGGGGGAUUUGCUGCCUUGUAAGCUACCAGUGCAUGUUCUUCUGUAAGGUAGUUCUGAGCAGUUCCUCAAUAUCCUGUUGUUACCAGUGCAGCGCUACACAGGGUUAGUGUUUAAGGCAGAUAUAGGUCUUGUAGUCUAGUGCUUCUCUCCCCUUCUGUUCCAACACAUGGCACAAAUCACAUUUCUCAGUGGUGCAGACACUCACGUGUGAAUUUUAAGCAAACCAAAAUUGUAACUAGUGUGGUACUUUGCAGGCUAUAUAGCAGCUUCCAUCCCUCUUCACUGCAUCUAGAACCGAGGGAGACUUAAAAAUCCCCUUCACUACAGCAAACAGAUGAGACUCGCUAUAUUUUUUCCCUCAUGUUUUCAGUAGUUAAUGUAUAUGUUUUUACUUGUUUUCUUAAAAAAAGAAAAAAACAACACAACAAAAACAAAACAAAAAACACCUCCAAAACAGUUGAAGAACAAAAACUUAAAGGCAAGACCAAAGAGCUGUAAGAUAAAGCAACAUGCUUUGUUUUGAAUGCCAAAUCUACCUUAAGUUGCAGAAUUACAACAACAACCGAGUGUAUUUGUUCAGUUGACUCAUUUUUGGGUAGAUUUAAAACGUUCAUAAGUGCUUUUAAGAAACAAAGACUCACUCGCUUGAAGUCAUUCAUAUUUGUCGCUUGGACUGGAGUUCCAAUAAACGUCAAGUAUGUAAUUCUUGUUGCCUCUUCAUCACCGUGAUUGGACUGGACAAACAACUAAAAAAAAAUCCCAAAACACAAAAGCUAAGAUAAACAGUCCACCCCUCAAUUAACACAUAACAUGUUAGACACCCCAAAUUUUUGAACUAACCAAAUUAACGCUUUUUCCAGCCCUAAAGGCCUGGUUACCCUUGGGAGACACGAUUAUCCUCUUACUUUAAAUAAUGAUUAUAUAGAAUGCUAUUAUUUUCUAUCGGUUUCAUUAAAAAUCCCCCACAGUUUGGAAUGUUCCAGCUUCUAUUUCCAAUCUGAGACCACAAUCAACAAUCAAAACCAAGAUAUAAAAAGUCACAGUUCACCGUUCAUUCAAAUCUUACUUAAAAUAAAGUUAAAUACGAAGUCUUAACGGCUUCAUUG